AUGGGCAGCGUCGAUGCCAACCAUGUCGGAUUCAUCGGUCUUGGGGCCAUGGGCUUGCCAAUGGCGGGCCACCUAGCAACAAAACUGCCCGCAGAAACACACGUCUAUGUGUUUGACGUUGUACAGACUCUGCUUGACCAGAUCUGUAAACAGCAUCCUGAGAAGGUGACGGCAUGUUCGAGCGCACGAGAGGUGGCUGAAAGAUCACAAAUCAUUUUUACGAUGUUGCCAGAAGGAAGACACAGCAAGGCAGUAUAUCUGGAUGGACCCGACUCGAUAUGUGCCAGCGAUGUCUCGAACAAGUUAUUGGUCGACUGCUCAACCAUCGAUGCCGCGACCAGUCUAGAAGUCAAAGACCACAUCAAGGAGAAGUAUCCUUCAGCCUCGUUCUACGACGCACCAGUCAGCGGAGGUGUAGUGGGAGCGCAGAAGGGAACAAUUGCUUUCUUCUUUGGCUGUCGAGAAGAUGACGAGAAUCUGCCACGGCUUAUGCGCCUUCUUGAGAUGAUGGGCAAGCAGAUCAUCCCGUGUGGCGGUCCAUCACUGGGACUAGCUGCAAAACUGUCUAACAACUACCUCUCCGGCAUCAUUGCAAUCGCUGCUUCGGAAGCUUAUGACAUGGGAAUGCGCUCUGGUCUGGAUCCUCGGACCUUGUACAAAGUCUUCAGUGCUGGGACGGCGCAGAAUACCAUCUCUGACCGGUUUUGUCCCGUCCCAGGCGUGUAUCCCGAAGCGCCAUCUUCAAGAGGCUACACCAACGGCUUCAAAGUUCAACUGAUGAAGAAAGACUUCGGCUUGGCCAUGGAAUUAGCCAAACAAGCUGGGUCAAGGAACGUGCUUGGAGCGGCGGGUCUAGAGACAUAUCAGAAGGCUAGUGAGGAUGAGAGGUGUCGAGAUCUGGACAAUCGUGUUGUGUUCAGGUAUCUGGGAGGUAAUGAGGACUGGCAGAAAGACUCAUAG